UCUGAAAUAAAAUAAAAAAAAAUCCGUCCUGGUACAGGGUAUCGACCCAAAACGUCGACGGUUCAUUUCCUCUCCACCCACUGUCCGACCCGCUAAGUUCCUCCAGCAGAUUUUGUAUCUUCCAGAUCCCAGUAUUUCCAGUCGCUUAUGUCUCCUUAAAAAAAAUACUCGUUUGAGAGGGUGAGGCAGGAUUUUACGCGGACGCGUGUUGGCCUUAAUCAACAUGGGAAGGGAGGACUAACCAAGAUUCUAACAUGAUUGGAGGUUUAUUCAUUUACAAUCACAAGGGAGAAGUUCUCAUCUCCAGAGUCUACAGGGAUGACAUUGGGCGGAAUGCAGUGGAUGCUUUCCGUGUCAAUGUCAUCCACGCAAGGCAGCAAGUGCGCUCACCAGUGACGAACAUUGCACGUACCAGCUUCUUCCAUGUCAAGCGUUCGAACAUAUGGCUGGCUGCUGUCACCAAGCAGAAUGUCAAUGCAGCCAUGGUUUUUGAGUUCCUGUACAAAAUGUGUGAUGUUAUGACUUCAUACUUUGGAAAAAUCAGUGAAGAAAAUAUAAAGAACAACUUUGUCCUCAUCUAUGAGCUGCUGGAUGAAAUUCUGGAUUUUGGUUACCCGCAAAAUUCUGAGACUGGAGCAUUGAAAACAUUCAUUACCCAACAAGGAAUCAAAAGUCAGACCAAGGAAGAACAGUCACAGAUCACAAGCCAGGUAACUGGGCAGAUUGGAUGGAGGCGUGAAGGGAUCAAGUACCGUCGGAAUGAACUUUUCCUGGAUGUUCUGGAGAGCGUCAACCUGCUAAUGUCACCUCAAGGUCAGGUUCUAAGUGCGCAUGUCUCAGGUAGGGUGGUAAUGAAGAGUUAUUUGAGUGGAAUGCCAGAAUGCAAGUUCGGAAUGAACGACAAGAUUGUUAUCGAGAAGCAAGGAAAAGGAACAGCUGAUGAGACCACAAAAAGUGGCAAGCAAUCCAUAGCAAUCGAUGACUGCACAUUCCACCAAUGCGUAAGGCUCAGCAAGUUUGAAUCUGAAAGGAGCAUUAGCUUUAUUCCACCAGAUGGAGAAUAUGAACUCAUGAGGUAUCGAACCACUAAAGACAUCAUCCUGCCCUUCCGUGUGAUCCCAUUGGUCAGAGAAGUAGGUCGCACUAAACUCGAAGUGAAAGUUGUGAUUAAGUCGAACUUCAAACCAUCCCUGCUGGCUCAGAAGAUUGAGGUGCGUAUUCCAACCCCACUCAACACCAGUGGAGUGCAAGUCAUCUGCAUGAAAGGGAAAGCCAAGUACAAGGCUAGCGAGAAUGCAAUUGUGUGGAAGAUAAAGCGAAUGGCAGGAAUGAAGGAAUCGCAGAUCAGUGCUGAGAUCGAGCUUCUACCCACUAAUGAUAAAAAGAAAUGGGCUCGACCACCCAUUUCCAUGAACUUUGAGGUUCCAUUUGCUCCUUCUGGGUUGAAGGUGCGUUAUCUGAAAGUGUUCGAGCCAAAGUUGAACUACAGCGACCACGAUGUGAUAAAAUGGGUCCGGUACAUUGGGCGAAGUGGGAUCUACGAGACCAGAUGCUGAGAGUGGGGCUAACCCAGCAGCUCCCCCCCAUGGCACCCACUGAAAUACAUCGGACUCUCUCCUUGUUGGCCACUACACCGUGCACUUGAUGUUGCCCAGGAGAAGACGGUAGUCACAGUUGUAAGGUUGUGGCUGCACCACCAACAACGGAGACCCAGUCGACAAACAAUCCUGCUUUUGCCUCGUUUCCUUUGAUUUUUAUUCCGUUUCCCGACUCCCACCCUACCUGUCCAGUUCCCCUCUGACUGUACCCAAUCCUGAGAGCAGCUCCCAUUUCAUGUCCACUUGACAUUCAGCUCGUACAGUGUAUUUUCCAACAAUGUAAGCAUAUUGUAGUUCAAUAGAAUAUAGAAUGUAACAGGACGUACCUGGUAGAGAUUGAACUGUACUGAUAACAAUGUUGUAAUGAAUGUUCUGUGCAAUUGAGGCACCGCUGGUCCUUCCUUCAAGCUGUGGUCAAGUUGCUGCAGUGUCUUUAUUAAUCCCUGUGACUGAAACGCUUUGCCAGAAAUGUUACUAGUCUGUCUUUGGUUAGUGCAGUGGAGUGUAAGUUCACUGGCUGACCCUUAUUUUUGUGGAAUCUUGAGCUUUGCCACUGGGGGAGGGGUGCUGAUGUCAUCACAUCGGAAGUGAUGAAGCUUGGUUCAUGGGAAAGGAAUGUGAGAGUGUAUCAGUAGGCAGUUACUGAUCAGAGGGAAAGAAUAUGUACUUAACAUUAAUGAAAUCGAAAUCACAUCUUUAUUAAUCCCAGGUCUAAUGACCAGGACCUUUGUAAGGAAGGGCAAAACAAGCCUAGAGCCAGAGUGAUUGGAGGUCAAAGCCAAUUAGUUCAUGGUCCCUUCCAGCCCUGAAGAUUCCCUUUUUUUUUGGGGGUCACUCUGGCUUUUGGCCUGUCUUCAUGGAACUGGUUGGUGCACAUAACUUUACAUUACAGCACAAGUGUUGCGUAACCCUGCACAGUUCUGUUAACAGUGGGCCUGAGUACUGUGUGUAUGUGUGUCAGAUCAUGGCUACUUUGGUCAGUCGGUGACCCAAACCUGCACCGUUUUCACAGAAGGGAAGUCUUAAAAGGAUGAAUGCUAAGGUGCUCAUCUGUAAAUCCUUUUGCUUGAUGGUGUGAUUCCUCUUGAGCAACUUUUUGUGAUUGUCCAGUUAACCUUAAUAAACCAUACAGAAUCAGUA